AUGGCUGCCGCAGCACCACCCGCGAAUGCAAUUGUAGUCACCGACAAGGCCUUCAUACGUCCAUAUGAAGCGUCCGACGCCCCAGCCGCCGCCGCUGCUGCCAACCAUAAAGACGUCUCCUAUUUCAUGACCGCCAGGUUUCCGUCCCCUUAUACGUUGGACCAUGCCAAGUUCUGGAUCGAUCUCUGCUCCAAAGAGCAGCCCACUGUCAAUUUUGGUAUUUUCAUGUUAGACGGCACUUUUGUAGGUGGUAUUGGUCUGGUUCCCGGCUCGGAUAUCCAAUACCGCACAUAUGAGCUCGGUUACUGGAUAGGCAGGGAUUAUUGGGGCAAGGGCAUCAUGACGAGUGCUGUCAGAGGUUUCACCAGAUGGGCUUUCGAAGCGUUCCCGGAUAUUUUACGUAUCGAAGCCAAUGUUUCCCAGGGAAACGAUGCGAGUAUGAAGAUCCUACAAAGGACAGGGUUCCAGGCGGAGGGCGUCAAGAGGAAGGCCAUAUUCAAAUUCGGCAAGGCACUUGACAAGCAUGAAUUCGGGUUGCUGAGGGAGGAUUUUGAGGGUGUGCAGCCAGAUGAUUCGAGCCGUUCAUGA